UCUAACCUUAUUGGUCUUUUGUUUUUGGUCUCCCGCAAUCUCUCUCAUCUCUACUCCCUAAAAGCGCCAUUCGCAUACGAAGGGGAUUUGGUUUUUAUUUGAUAACUCGUGUUGGUUGUAAGUGAGACUGUGAAGAGAGACUGACGAUUAAGCAAUGGAAUCGGAUCUGAAUGACUAUACCGUCAUCAAGGAAGGAGAAGCUGAGAUUCUCAUGCACAAGAAGAAUCAAGUGUUCUUCAAUAAAGCUCAGGUCAACAAUAGAGACAUGUCUAUCGCUGUGCUAAGGGAAUUUAUAUCGAAACGGAAGCAAGAGCAUGAGGCCAAGUCAUCCAAAAGAAGUAAAUCAGCUUCUAGUGAGAACAGUGGUGAACACCAAGUAGCAUCUGAGGAAGGAGCUGCACGUAGAGAGCCGAAGCCACCAAAAGUGCUCGAGGCUUUGUCUGCUUCUGGGUUACGGGCUCUAAGAUAUGCACGCGAAAUAGAAGGGAUUGGUCAGGUUGUGGCGUUGGACAAUGACCUUGCAUCCGUGGAAGCUUGCCAGAGAAACAUAAAGUUCAAUGGCUCGCUGGCUGUUUCAAAGGUGGAGUCACAUCAUACCGAUGCUCGUGUCCAUAUGCUUACCCACCCUAACGAAUUCGAAGUGGUUGAUCUUGAUCCAUAUGGAUCACCGUCUAUUUUCCUCGACUCGGCUAUUCAAUCAGUCGCGGAUGGUGGAUUGCUAAUGUGUACAGCAACUGACAUGGCGGUGUUAUGUGGCGGUAACGGUGAAGUUUGCUAUUCCAAAUAUGGUUCUUACCCAUUGAGAGCCAAGUAUUGUCAUGAGAUGGCUCUGCGGAUCCUCCUUGCCAGCAUCGAGAGCCACGCAAACCGCUACAAGCGGUAUAUUGUCCCGGUGCUAUCUGUGCAGAUGGAUUUCUAUGUUCGUGUUUUUGUCCGCGUUUACACCUCGGCGAGUGCAAUGAAGAACACUCCAUUGAAGCUCUCUUACGUCUAUCAAUGCAUUGGUUGUGAUUCAUUUCAUCUUCAACCUGUUGGAAGAUCUCUCCCCAAGAACAACAGCGUGAGGUAUCUACCAGCAAUUGGUCCAGUUGUGGCACAAGAUUGCAGCCACUGUGGGAAGAAAUACAACAUGGGCGGACCGAUAUGGUCUGCUCCAAUGCAUGAUCAAGAAUGGGUUACUUCGAUUUUGAACAGUGUCACAUCCAUGAAAGACAGAUAUCCUGCUUAUGACCGGAUCUCUGCUGUACUCACCACAGUCUCUGAGGCAAGUUGCGGUUUUUGUGAAUUGCUAGAUGUGCCUCUGUUUUUGAGUCUGCAUAAUCUUUGUGCGACGCUAAAAUGCAUAUCGCCAUCAGCUGCUAUGUUCCGAUCAGCUGUUAUUAAUGCUAACUACCGUAUCUCGGGGACUCAUGUGAAUCCGCUCGGCAUGAAAACCGAUGCUCCUAUGGAGGUUAUCUGGGACAUCAUGCGCUCAUGGGUAAAGAAUCAUCCUAUAAAGGCGCAAUCGCCUGAACAGCCCGGAAGUGUGAUCUUGUCAAAAGAAGCAUCACAUGAGGUUGAUUUUUCGCGUCAGGUUGGUUCUAUGAGCAAGGCGCAGGCGAAGAAAGUGGCUCGGUUUCUGCCAAAUCCAGAGAAGCAUUGGGGUCCAAAGCUUAGGGCUGGUCGACAAAUCACGAGCAAACAUGUCUCUCUUAUUGGUCAUGAAGCAGUCAAUGGUCAUCUUAAUCAACGCCAUGAAGAACUAAAAGAGGACGAAGAAGCAGAGCAAGGAGAUAAUAAUGUCCAAGAAGAGCUCGAUCUCAAACGCCAGAAAACAAUAGAGGAAAUUUCCUUGACAUCAUAAGACGAACCACAAAAUGUUAACACAAGAGAUCAAUUUCUCGUCUUCAAAAAGAAGACUUUUGCCUCUUCAUGAAGAACUCUGUUUUGUUUGUUGUUUUUCUAUUAUCAUUUUUGGUGUAGUGACGAGAGUUUAUUAUAUACCCACUGAUUCAUUCUGUUUUUGUCUAUUAUUUUUCUCAUCUAUACUUUAUUGAUUUUCUUUUGUGGAUUAAAAUGAAUAAGUCAAUUGUCAACAACAAACAACCAAUCCGAAGCUGGGGUCCAAUGGUCAUAGUGGGUCCCACUCCGUUUGCCUACGUAAAAGACAUGUUUAGCAGUAGCACCGUUGGUCUUGUUCUUCUCCUUCAACCUCAGGCACCAAAUAAUAAUCACGAAAGGGUUUCAUUUCACCGUAUAUCAAACCAAGCUCGCCGUAGAUCUCUUCCCAUCUAGGAUGGGCCCUGUCUGCGAUGUGAAACAGGUGAAGCUCGUCUUUGAGCUCAACCCAACUGCAACCAGGCUCCUUCUUUAGCUUAAAGCAUCUCAUCCUUCUCCUCAAAUCCGAAACUUUUUCCCACAUUCCUGCAUCUGCGUAUACAUUCGACAGAAGAGUAUAAGCUGAAGAGUCUUGUGGAUCCAAUCUCAACAGAGCAGCGGUUGCUUCUUCUGCAAUCUCUACAUUGUUUCUAUGUAUCGCGCAGACUCCUAACAACGUUCUCCAUAUAACAUCGUCUGGUUCCAAUGGCAUCUCUCGAAUAAGCUUUAACGCUUUCUUCACUUUUCCGGAUUUGCCUAAGAUAUCCACCAUGUUCGAGUAAUGAGGUAGCUGAGGAUCUAAGCCGUAGUCUCUCUUCAUCAUGUAGAAGUACUCGAGUCCUUUGUCGAUUAGACCCAUGUGAGCGCAAGCUCGGAGUAUCGAUAUGAAAGUCACGUGAUUCGGUUUCAUGUUUUCGAGUAUCAUUCUCUCAAACAGCUUUAUAGCUUCCUCUCCUCUCCCGUGAUGUGCAUACCCGCAAAUCAUGGCGUUCCAGGUCACGAAAUCUCUUCUCGGGGACUUCUCAAACAUCAAUCUUGAAUCACUGAGAUCUCCACAUUUCGAGUACAUGUCAACGAGGGUGCUGCAGAUAUACACAUCCGAUUGCAAUUCUUUCUUGAUGACCUGAGCAUGAAUCUGUUUGCCUAAUCCAGCGGAAGCUAGAUUCGCGCAGGUGUCAAGAACCGUUGCAUAGGUGAACUUGUCAGGAGCUAUGCCCGAAUCCAUCAUCCGGGUAAAAAGCAUCUGAGCAUCCUCGCUCUGUUCCUUCGCUACAUAUCCCGAAAUGAUUGAAUUCCAUGAAACACACAUUUCUUGCAGCCUCUUAUUGUGCAUCUUUUCAGGCUCUUCCAUUGUCCCAGGAAGAAACAACCGACUGUGUAUCUUCUCCGCCUCUUCUAUCAUCCCACACUUUGAAUACAUAUCGAUCAAAGAGCAUCCAACAGAAGAAUUUGAAGUCAUUCCUGAUUUGACAACGCUGGAAUGGAUCUCCAUACCGUAACCCAAAGAACUACCAGCGCAAGCUUUCAAUACGCUCCCAAAGGUAAACUCAUCAGGUUCAACCCUGCAACGGAGCAUCGAGACAAAAAGAGAAAGCGUUUCACAUCCUUUUCCGUUCUGCUCAUGCGCUGCAAUAAUCGCAUUCCAAGACACAGCAUCUCUUCUUCUCAUCUCGUCGAACACACGAAAGGCUUCAUCCAGAGCUUGGCAUUUCCCGUACAUGUCAAUGGCAGCAUUUGCAACGCAAACAUCCAGAGAUAAGUUGCUUUUUAUCGCCAAGCCGUAAAGCUGAAGCCCCUCUGAAAGACCUUUCACCAAGGCACAAGCCCUGAACACUCCUGAUAAACUUAUCUCGUCGAACCCAAGACCCGACAACAUGAGCCGGUGAAACACCAGUAGAGCUUUGAAACCAUGCUCUUCAUAUCCAAUGUCGCCGUUCUCACAAUACCAUCUGCUGCAAAAUGUGACUUUAAGGCAUGAGCAUGUAACUGACCACCUAAUCUCAAUUCAGAUAACGCAGCGCAUGACCUCAAGACGCUAGCGUAAAUUGACUGGCUCACUCCACCACCGACCUUCUGCAUCUUCUUGAAAAACACCAAAGCAAGGGACAACAAGUUAUUCUGAACACAACCCGCGAUUAUAGCACUCCAAGAGACCGAGUUCUUCUCUGGGAUAGCUUCAAACACUCUAAGCGACUCAUAAAAUCUCUUGCAUUUUGCAUACAUAUCCAACAAUGCACUUGCAGCGACCACGUCAGUAUCACAACCCACUCGAACAAGAAUCCCAUGAAUCUGCAUUCCUAAAUUGCUUUCCUCUAAAGAGGAACAUGCUUUCAGGAUAAUGGCAAAAGUUCUACCGUCAAACUCAACACCUGAUCUCCCCAUGUCGAGGAAAAUCUCUAUAGAUUUCAAGCUCUCACCGUUCUGCAGAUACCCAGAAAGCAUUGAGUUCCAUGACACAACAUCUCUCACAGGCAUCAUAUGGAAGAAAGAACUCGCUUUAACCAUGUCAUUACUCUUCGCAUAACAGUUUAUCAUUGUGUUCCAGGAAACAACAUCUCUCAGCGGCAUUCUGUCGAACAACAUAGAAGCAGAAACCAAAUCUCUAGAAUUUGUGUAAACUUGAAGCAAACAAUUCAACACGAAUGCAGUCGGACGAAACCCAGAUAAUAUCAUAUGAGCAUGAGCUUGCUUUCCCGGCUCCAGCGCCCCUUGCUUGGCACAUUCCUUGAAAACAAACGAAAAGUUGGUAUUGCUACUUGAGUUCACUUGAUUCACAAAAUCCGUAAAAUAAGAAUAUAUUGCAACUCUUCUGUAUGGAUAUUUCUCUCUCAGACACCCAUGGAAUGAAACCACUGCUCUGCUCAUCCGCAAGAAUCUGAGAUUCUCCGCCAUAACGAACUCAAUCUCAGUGGCGG